ACCUGGUAAUCUUAGUCGAUGUUACGUAAAACGAACAAGCUUGAGAACGAUCGAACGAUCGUACGUCCAACUGAUGGCCUAGACGAGUCUACGAACAGAAAUCAUCGUAGCGACGAUCGACGUUAAGAACGAUAACGAUCGGCGGGCACACACCGCAUCGGCAAUUCUAUUUUCGUUUAAGACAAAAGAAAAUAAAUCUGCUUACGGCUCGGGUGUACAGGGUACGGCUUCUCUAACUCAAUUAUACAUAAUAGUAUCAACAAACGGCCGAGCCAGCGUCGACAGACACGUUUAGUUUGCUCCCGACCGUUGCUGGAAGCGUUCCCAUCGAAAGCUGUCUCCUAUCGUCUCUCCGCACAUUUCCACGAACUUUCAGGUUUUUUUAAGUUGUUUAGUAAAUCGCGGUUAAGAUCGGCCCGCUAGACUCUCGUGGGGAUUAUCUCGUCCUUCGGCAUGGAAGGGUUGAACGGGCAGGAAGAGAAGCCGGAAACGGAGGCACUCACGGAAACGCCGAACGAGGAUACCGUAGAAAAGCCUAAUCAACAGUCCUCCGAGGAUGAUCAAACGAAACAGGACCCAGACAAGUGUCCGCUGAAAAAGCAGCCGGCCAACGAAAUAGUCAGCCCGUCGAAGACGAAAGACAGCCUGACGGGCACGAAGGUGAAGCGCAAAGCUAGGUCCACGCGCAGGAAGCUCAACGCUAUGGUCAGCAACGCGUCCCUGCAUUUCUCCGAUACCGAUUCCGAAGGGGAACUGGCGACGAUCACGCCGCAAAUCAGAUUAAUGAGACACCUGUCCGAAGGCCAACAAGGUCCAGUCAUCUCGAUCACAACAGAGGAAUCGGAGGAUAAAGGGUCGCUAGCCAAAGAGUCCGUUUCCGAGGUAGACAGCAAGGAGACGCUGCAGUGCAACAAUUGCGUUGACAGUCUGACCGACGUGGACGAAAUCUACGCCAGCGAACCCGAGAACGAGACGAGGGAGAGCCCUAGCAACCUGAAAAUCGCGGAAGCUGGUUGCCCGGCCGAGACCGAGUUAGAGGAGAUAGACGGCGACGAAGAGGUCCAGGCUACCAUCUACGUGGAGCCCAGGUCCGACAUUUUCUGCGAGUACAUCGGCGAGACGAUCACCACUAAGGAAGGCGACGGGCCGUUUUCAGUCGAGGUUCGGAACAAAAUCUACCUCGAGGAGGUCCCUCGAGGCAGGUCGCAACCCAACGCGCCGGAAAUCAUGGUUCUGCCUAACACCGACGAGGAGGACAUGACCGUGUCCGACGAGGAGUUCGCCGAGGAGGCUUGUUUCAAUCAGAAGGAGGUAUUCGAGGAUCUGGACGUGCUGGCUGCGUCCCAGAUCGUCAUGAAGAAUAUAAACAAGACGGACAACGCGUUGACCGUUAAAGACGUCAGUGACGACGCGAUUAGCGAUUGCCACACCGACGUCGAGGAGGUCGAACAGAUUGAGUAGAAGUGCGACGGUAAGAACCGAGAGAGUUCUGGGGAUUUUGUACGCCGAGAUGCCGUGUCUGGAUGUUUGGUCGAAGAUACUUUGGUUGAUUCCACUGGAACACCGAGGGUGCACGUACUUAUCGUGCGUCGUAUUGCAUCCUAUAGGUUUUUGUACACCUUGUAUGACGAAAGUAUCGAACGAUGUAUUGUAAGAUCGAUAUAUUACCAGCCGCGGAUUUUGUCCGUUCGUUCGUUUUUCUGUUUGUUUGUAGCGUGUCUGUCGGAUUAUUUGUACAGAGGCAAACGAUGGCCGAUGUUCACGGUUUGUAGAUAAAUCGUAGUGGUUGGAAAACUGUUGGAUUGUUUGUGGAUCAUUCUGUGGAAUAUCUAUGGAACCACCCCCUUUUAGUUGAGAGUAUCUAGUUGAUAGUUGUAUUCGGUCCAGCGAUCUUUAUAUGAUUUUGUAAGUAUUACCAGUUUCAUCGUUGCAUGAAUUCUUCCCUUGACGACUGUUGUACAUAUCUCACCUUUCUAAACCGAUGCUCGCGGUGUGUUAACGGAGCCACGUUACUAACGGAAUGUCUCGUCUACUAAUAUUCCCGUUUUAUUCUUGUACAGUCGAUCAGCCUGUUUUCACUUUCUUUUUGCACUGUGCUUUGAAUGAAAUGUCUCACGUUUGAAAUUGGAAACGAGAUCGGAGAACGUGUGCAAGAAACCCAACGAAUCAUUCCAUGACGAAAACGACGGAAUUUCGAUUCUGGACGUUGAAGAUUAGAAAUGUCGAUUUCGAGAAAUUCGGGAAACCAUGCAAUUGAUCGAAGUAUAAGAGAAUACAGAGAGUGUCGAUGUGUAUCUAGGAUUCGUUAAACGACAAACUCCCGCUCCGACGAUUGACAACUGAUAUUAACGCAAUUUUCUGUACUUGUACUUGCAGACAAAACUGCCGUCCUGAACAUUAUCAUAGACAACCGUAUGGGAUAUUAAUAUUAAAUAUCGACGGACACUAUAUAUUAUCUAAGG